GAGGCGGCGACGUGUGCCUGACACAGACCAAACCGGUAGUACCUCCGAGUCCCAGCCGCCACUCUGCCCCGGAACCAGAGCCCGCAUCUUCUCCCCAUGGCGGCGGCGGCGUCAGAGCACGCGGCCGAGGAGGGGACGAUGAGCAUCUACAAGGCGGCGAGGCGCAUCAAGCGGCGGGAGAGCACCCUGUACAACGCGCUGCGGAGCGUGGCCGACGACGCGGCCUUCGUGGCCGAGAUCGCGGCGCUGUGGCCGACCCUGCCGCUGGUCGCCAACCUCCGGUGCGGCCUCUGGUACGCGCAGCCGCGCUCCCUCGCCGCCACCUGCUACUUCAAGUCCACCGACGGCCACGCCGGCAACUGGGCCUUCUCCACCGCCCGCCUCAAUCUCCACCUCGCCCUCCUCGCCGGGGAAAGAGGAGGAUGCAUAAUAGUUGAUUCAACAAGGAAAGGGAAACGAUUUCCAGAUAGCAUGGCAAAGACAAUACCCAUUUGGUGCUGCGUUCUCAAUCGAGCCAUUCAGAGGCAUCGACUGCGGGCUAUCAACCAAGGUAGCGGAUUGAAUUCCGAAAUGUCAGCUGUUGUAUCAAACGGGGAUGCUGAAGAGUACUCUGGUUCAUCAAACUGGGAUAGCUCAGUUCAUCUUCCUGUAUGGGUUCUGGAAACUGAGAGAAAUGCAAUAGAGGGGCGUAUUGAAGAAUGGGUGGACCUAUUUGAAUCUUGUGGUGCAGACAUUCAUUCUCUUGCAUUAGGUUUGCAAAAACCACUCCGUCCACUGUGGAUAUCACAAAAUACACGUAUAUGGUUGAAUGAAGUACCAGAUCAUCAGUUAUGGGACUUCACUCCCAUCAUAUUAGUUUCAGCAUCUGCAUCUGGUACAGUGGCUACACAAAGAACGGCGUCAGAAUUCAGCUGGCGCUAUAUUCCUGGUGCAGGAGAUGAUGAAGAGAGUUGGGCACGUGGUCUAACUCCUACAUUAUUCUGGAAGCAUUCGUAUGAUCUACUUGAUGGUGGACCAGAUCUUUGUAAUCAGUUAGUUGCCGACAUCGUUGAAAAGGAUAGGGUUUACCGUGCACAGAGGGGUGAACAUUCUCCACAAGUUAUAGUUAAGCAUAUAAAGUGCUCAAGCCAUGGACAAGAAUCAUACACGGGAGAUCAUACAAUUAUCACACAACCUAUGAACUCGAACCCUUCUACUCUUGCUCCAGCAAAUACACAGUACUCCAAUGAUGGUCAUGUAGUCUUCUGGAUUGGGACAUCAAACAUUGCAGUAGCAUCUACCAUGCAAGUUGCAGAUGGCUUGGCUGAUAUGGAUUGCAUACUGAACUGUGACAGCACAUCAAGAUUGCCUUCUAAUUCAUCAGAAGAUUCUUACCUUGAACUACCUAUUGUGGAUUCCAAGGAUGAACGAUUUUCUUUGUUGAAAAAUCUUCCCAAAGCAGUUAGCUUUGCAAAGAAUAAUCUAAUCGCAAGGAGAAAAAUGCUGCUAUGUUGUCAAAGUGGAGAAGAUAUAAGCAUUUGUGUGGCUUUGGCAAUAAUCACACGGUUAUUCAAUGACACUGGGUGCUUCGACUGCGGCGAAUCUUUUAUGAGAAGAGACAUCACCAAGUUAGAGAUGAGGAAGAGGCUGGUGUUCAUUUGCAAAUACGCCGUUAAUGCGCGGCCAUCUAGGGGAAACUUGAGGCAGGUCUAUGGUUUUCUAUGCAACGAAAAGGAACAGCUGCCCCAUUAGUUCUGUGGAUAAAUGCAUCCGAUCAGGCAUUCGUUCUGAUCAGUUGCCACAGAAUAGUCAGGUUUGGGCCUGUAGUUGAUUCUUGUGUGCUCUUCAUUCUCCAAUGAUCUUCUAGUGUCUGACCAAUUAAUGAUUACUAGUUGUCCUUGGAAUAGCUCAAGCAACACCGUCCAGAUGGACCCCAUACUGAUCAACAUUUCUUCAUUUGAAUGAAAAUCAGUUAGAGACAGUUAUGUACUGGCAACAGCCAAAUACCCAAGUGACUUUUUGAACCGACUUUUAUACUUGUGAGAGAGCUUGUAAUGAUGGAGCCACAGUUUUGGGUUGGUUUAUCUUGACGAUGUAACAUUAUUUGCACCAACUCCUAAUCCCACAGACAUUCAUUUUAUU